AUGCAAGGCGCACUGGACUACACUUUACGUCAGUACUUAGAAACUCAAGGCAGCUGCAUCUCGCUGUCUAAGCGCCUGGGGUGGGCUUACGACAUUGCUGUAGCUCUACACUCACUACAUGCAUCGAACGUCAUCCAUGCGGAUUUGAAACCUGAGAAUAUUCUCCUAGACGAAAGCUAUAAGGUGUACCUCAUCGACUUCUCAGGAUCUUGGAUUGACGGAAAUUCUGGCUCUGCUAUGGAAAGCGUCAGAUUUUUCUUGCCCCGCGACAUGGACUCGGACUCUACUGUACAAACAGACAUAUUCGCGUUUGGGUCAACUCUAUAUGAGAUAAUGACAGGCACACAACCAUACAACGACCUUGCUGAUGAGACGGUGGAAGAACUCUUUCAGCAAGGUGAAUUUCCGAGCCUGGACUUGAUCCCUUGUGGCCAGAUCAUCAAGGAAUGCUGGACAGGGAUAUUUCAGUCUGUCAACGAUGUCCUUUUUGCGCUGCAGAGGGUUCAGAAGUCAGUUUCGGUCCGCUAG